ACCACCUUUCUCUGUUCUCUCACGGCUUCUCGCAGCAAGCAGUUUUAACUCCUGUCGGAAAGCCACUGGGAAGUCCUUUGGUCAGCGCGCGCCAGCUUACCCACCAGAUUAGCGGGAGCUAUUUCCUCACCACCACCCCCUCUGAACUCUUUGAACAACUUCACUAAGACAUCUUUGUCCAUUUUGCCCCCCCCCCCACAGCAUUUGGGCUGUCUCGGGUAACGGGCGCCCCUCGGGUGCAAGAUUCCACUCUCAACAUACUUUCAAAAUCGGGGACGCACGCUGUACGCGAUGCUGAAGAAGAAGUCCUUGCACCCCCCUCUACUCUUUUGGAAUACUUCUCCUACUUCGACCCCCGAGCUCUCCCCAACAUCCUCGUCAUCGGAUAGCGAGUCGGACGAGGACAUGGACCAUUCCGGUUCACGUCCGCUAAGUCUGACUGUCUCUCCGGGCGCAUUCUGUCCUAUGCGACCGACCCUAGAUGAGGUACUCGCCAACACAGCACCAGCACCCUACACUCUCGGCGCUUUUAUGGCCUACCUCUCUCAGAAUCACUGCCUUGAGACGCUGGAGUUCACUCUGGAAGCAAAACGUUAUCGGGAAACUUACGAGGCGCUCAGCCGUCCUUUCGGCCAGUUCCCCGUACUUGGCGACUUUCCAGAGAGCCAGCAUCUCCACAUGCUUUGGCAGCGACUCCUAUCGGCGUACAUUCUCCCUGGGUCCCCGCGUGAGAUCAAUGUUUCAAGCGAGGUCCGGGAUGACAUCCUGCGACAUGCCAACUCGACCAUGCCCCCACCCCCUCAGAUGCUCGAUGCGGCAGUCAAGCUUGUGCAUGAUUUGAUGGAAGAGUCGAUAUUCUUGCCCUUUCUUAAUGCCCACUCCGCCUCCGCUCACGUCUUGCCUCUUCCGGAGUCGUUGUUCCCGCACGAAGACGGUGUUACCAUCGUUUCCAACUCUAGUCUCGAUGACCAUGCGGUGAAGCGGGUUCGAUCUAAAGGAGGACGGCUAUCCCCACGGACAUCGAGAGAGCUGGGGUCUCCCGUUUCUUCGAGCCCACCUUCGAGCCACCUUUCCCGUUCGAACUUCUCCCUCAGCGCUGUAACAUCUUUGGGGAAAUCGAACCAUCGAACGUCUGGCCAAAUGUCGAGCACCAGUUGUGACUCUGGAUCGGCUGCCCUGACCGACGAUUCUGGUAGUCUGCAAUCCACAGGAAGUGUAGGCGAACCAAUGACGCCUCCAACGACCCCUCCUUCCAGCGAACCUCAAGGAAUGCACAUGGCUCACAGUCCUAAGGCUCGAAUCGACAACCCCUGGAAGAAAAUGGGCAUGAAGCUGGGAUUCAAGAAGCGAUCGGGCAACACGAGUCAACACAUGAAGUACCACGGAAUGGACGAAUGACAUUCUCCUGCCGACCACAUUGGGGUUUACUUUCCUCGUGAACCCUCUCGACUCUUUUCAUCAAAUUAUAGACGUUACGACCGG